AUGGCAGGGAACCUGAAGAAAGGUGGGGGGCUCAUCGGCAUGAUGAAGGAUGCCUUCCAGCCUCACCACCAUCAUCUCCACUCCCAUCACCAGCCCGGUGCCGUGGACAAAAAGACGGUGGAGAAGUGCUGGAAACUGAUGGACAAGGUGGUGCGUCAGUGUCAAAACCCCAAGUUGGCUUUGAAGAACAGCCCUCCAUACAUCCUGGAUCUACUGCCAGACACCUACCAGCACCUGCGCACCAUCUUGUCUCGUUAUGAGGGCAAAAUGGAGACUCUGGGUGACAACGAGUACUUUCGGGUCUUCAUGGAAAACCUGACCAAGAAGACCAAGCAGACUAUCAGCUUGUUUAAGGAAGGGAAGGAACGCAUGUAUGAAGAGAACUCACAACCUAGACGGAACCUCACCAAGCUGUCGUUGAUCUUCAGCCACAUGCUGGCUGAGCUGAAGGCCAUCUUCCCUGUUGGUCAGUUUCAGGGUGAUAACUUCCGCAUCACAAAGGCAGACGCUGCAGAGUUCUGGAGGCGGGCCUUUGGCGAUAAGACCAUUGUGCCUUGGAAGGUGUUCCGUCUGGCUCUGCAUGAUAUUCAUCCCAUCAGCUCUGGACUGGAGGCCAUGGCCCUCAAGUCCACCGUAGACCUCACCUGCAACGACUACAUCUCUGUUUUUGAGUUUGACAUCUUCACAAGACUAUUUCAGCCUUGGUCAUCGCUGCUGCGGAACUGGAACAGCUUAGCAGUUACUCACCCCGGGUACAUGGCCUUUCUCACGUAUGAUGAGGUCAAAGCACGUCUACAGAAGUUCAUUCACAAGCCUGGCAGUUAUAUUUUCCGCCUCAGUUGCACACGGUUGGGUCAGUGGGCGAUCGGCUACGUGACGGCAGACGGAAACAUACUGCAGACUAUCCCUCACAACAAACCCCUCUUCCAGGCUCUCAUAGAUGGAUUCAGGGAAGGAUUUUAUUUAUUUCCUGAUGGUCGAACCCAAAACCCUGACCUGACCGGACUCUGUGAGCCUUCGCCCCAGGACCACAUUAAAGUCACACAGGAACAAUAUGAACUGUACUGUGAGAUGGGCUCCACUUUCCAGCUGUGUAAGAUCUGUGCUGAGAAUGACAAGGAUGUGAAGAUUGAGCCCUGUGGUCAUCUCAUGUGCACCUCCUGUCUCACUGCCUGGCAGGAAUCAGAAGGUCAGGGAACUGGUUGUCCUUUCUGUCGCUGUGAGAUUAAGGGCACAGAGCCCAUUGUUGUGGAUCCGUUUGACCCCAAGGACAACAGCGGGGGCUCCUGCAGGAGCACGAUAGGGGCAGAGGGUGCGCCAUCACCCAGCUAUGACGACGAUGAUGAUGACAGACUUGAAGACCCUCACCUAAUGAUGAGCAAACUGGCAUGUGCAAAGGUGGAGCGUCCUCCAUCACCCAUGUCUAUGGCUCCUCAGUCCUCUCUCCCCCCUGUGCCUCCACGACUUGACCUGUUACCUCCUCACAGACCUCCCAACUCCUCUGGUGCCUCCAGUCCUGGAGUCACAACAAAGGCAGCAUCACUCCACAAAGACAAACCGCUCCCUCUUCCCCCAGUGUUGAGAGAUCUCCCACCUCCUCCUCCUCCAGAUCGGCCUCACACAGGUGGGACAGCAUCUGACGGCCGCCUGCAGAGGCGUCCUUUACCCUGCACUCCAGGGGAGCCUCCUCGAGAUAAGCUCCUUCCUACACCCCCUAACCGGCCCUUGACUGACUGGAACUCCAGACCAGUUCCCAAGGCUCCCAUCUCCUCUUCUUCUUCAUCCUCCUCUUCCUCUUCGUCCUCCUCCCAAGUUUCAAGUCUGGGGGGUGAAUUUAGAGCAGGUGUCAGAGAACUCUCCAACCGACACUCUUUACCACUGGCACUGCCCUCCACUCUGGACCCCCGGCCAGAUUCCCUGAAGAACAACAGCUCCCACAGUCUGGAUCAUCAGCUGAGUUUUGCCUCAAUUGUUGGUCAGGAUUAUGACAACCCCAAAGUCAAGCCCUCAGCUUCAGCCAACGCCAUCUAUUCACUGACUUGCAGAACACCUCAGGCCCUGAGGGGAGUAACAGGGGAGGAGGCGCGUGACAGCGAGGAGGAGUCUGAGUACAUGAUCCCCUCCUCUCGCCCUGUCCUGCCCCCCAUCACCACACCAAGUGUGGAGACCACUCCAAUCCCACGACCCCCACAACCUCAGCCUCCUCCUGCACUCCAGACACAGAGCCAAACUUUAACGCUUAACUCCAGGCUCGCUUUAUCUGAUCUAGAUGAAGGUCCUCAAACAUAUGAAGCCAUGUACAACAUCCAGGCCAGGUCACAGCAGGCCAGAGAAUCAGACUACUCGGAGUUGCCUCCUCUUUCGUUGACCAAUGGUCCUGAAGCGCGAGCACUCGAAAACAAUGACGACGAGGAGAACGGCUACGAGUUUCCAAAACUCCGGCUGCCGUUGCCUCCUGCUCGAAGAACGCUGUCGGAGCUGACUGGGUCAUCUUCUCUGUCCUCUUCCUGUUCCUCGUCCAUCACAGCCUUCAGCCGCCUGUCAUUGGAUUCAGAUGCAGGAGCAGCAGCAGCCUUCUCAGAUGCAGCAGAAGCACCAGAGAGACCCCCGAAGCCUCUGCCCAGACGGAUCAACUCGGAGCGUCGACACAGCCCUGUCCCUGCUCCGCCCAGUGGUGGGGCAACGGGAGGAGAAGCCAAUCUUCAAAUCAGCAGUGAGAUCGAGCAUCUCAUGAGUCAGGGAUACUCUUACCAGGACAUCCAGAAAGCACUGAUGAUUGCACAGAACAAUAUGGAAAUGGCCAAGAAUAUCCUGCGAGAGUUUGUCUCCAUUCCCUCCACCGCUCAUAUCCUGACAUAGCACACUCCUGGUGCCAGGGUUGCUGUCGUUUGUUCUUUCACCCCAGCUUUGGCUCCAGGGUUUAGGUUUGCACAGCCCAAAGCCCCAUUGCCUGCAGCACCGCCUUCAGUGCUGGCUGACGCCCUACGCCCCCUUGUGGAUUUUAACAGGCUGACAACUCCAGCAAAGCUCAUGGCCUCUGGAAGUCUGUGCCCUGCACUCCAUGCUCUUUGAACAGUGACGGGUCUUUUUGUACUACUUCUACAGCAGGCCCGGUUUUUUAGGAAAACAUCUCGUCAAGACUGACGGUGGAAGACAGGUGGGUGUGGAACAGUGAUGGAAAUUCAUAUGAGAGGAGUCUUGACAAACCCAGGGGCGAUGAUGUCUCUUCUCUUUUUUUUUCUUGCUGAAAAUAUAACAACACCUCACAACAAUAAGACUUUAAAUGUAUGUCUAUAUAAGAAUUUAAUAUAUGAGUAAAUAUAUCUAUAAAAUAUGUGUAAUAUAUAAACAGUACGUGCAUAUACAGUAUGCGAAAACCUGACUUCAGCUUAAAGGAUCACUGUUGGAGGAAGUGACACGAGGAGAUGGGGACCAGCUUACAGGAGGUUUUGGGUUCUCUGUCCCAUGGAGAGGGGGAGUGGAGUGUGAGGAAGAGUUGUGCGUUCAUAUCAUCUUUACGUGAGUGUGAUGAGCAGCAGCAGCGAUAACAUGCAGCUUUUCUCCAUCAUCAUUUCACUCUUUUAUGGCCUUUUAAGUAACUUUGUUGCUUUGGUACUUUUUUUUUUCUUUUUGAGUAGCAUGUCAGUAGUUUCAGGUGCAUACAACUGUUUGAUGCUGCGUGUUUGCGCGUGUGUGUGUGCGUGCCUGUUUGUAUGACCACAUUUGUGUGCUUGGGUUUCUCUUUAUGUCUGUUUUUCUGUCAAACUAACAUCACUCCCUGAACACGAUGAAUGUGGAUUUAAGUCAAGUCAAACAAAGCAGAAACCUUCUACUGCUGUAACUCAUUUGUCAGGACCUGGUGGUUGUGUGUUGUUGUCCAGCCUGAAAAUGAGAUUAUUAAAAGUCACACAUCAGUGUCCAUGCCCUGCAGUAACAGACAUGCAAGUGUGUGAGUGUGUAUGAUUUUUUUUUUGUUCUUGUUGUUCUUGUUAUUGGCUGGGAACUUUCAUAGUUCUGUUUUUGGUCCAGGUCCAAUGUUUAGAAGCCGGGGGGAAAGUAAUCGUUCUACUAUAUUGAGACAUCACAGUAAAAGCGAUCCUAACUAUUGUUGUUCUAAACCAAUCAGAAGUGAUCCACUGCUGCUACUCUUGUUAGUCCUAAAACAAUUAAGCCUUAAAUGUGCAUGAUGUGAAUAUCAUGUUUAACACCUUCUUUAAAGUGACAGUAUCCCACCCCUCGCGCCCCCGCCCGUGUUUCACCAGUCACUGAUGUAGCAUACUUGAAAGUACCAGCAGCUUGUGGGCUCGCAGCCCUCACCAGCUGAUGAUUUCUUCAGUGUUGUUUUUUUUAUUAUUAUUUUCUUUUCUUCUCUUGACUGUGUUAACAAGACAUUAUGUUGUGGUUGCAAGAAGGAUCCACACAGGCUUUUCCUUCACAUCAGUGGCAGAGCAAGAAACUUUCAAAAGUAGGCUCCUGGGUAUUUUGUGGCCCACCCCAGGUCUACGCCCUAAUCAGUAUUUGGGGCCAACGAUAAGAAAUAACUCAGGAAUAACCUUAAACUAAACUUGUGGCUUGCACCUGGAUCACAUGACUCAAUCCAGGUGAGAUUUAGCCAAAACUUCGAUGAAGUCAUUUGAGUAGCUUUCGUUGUGUUUUGUCAAAUUAUGAAUUGCACAUUGUUCAUAUUUGAGUAUUUGCAGCACAGCUUUUUUCAGGUACUAAGAGUGAAAGUUUUUUUUUUUAGGUACACUGACUUCAUCUUUUCACAGCAUGUAAAGGUUUUUGUUCGGAGGAUGUAAAUAACAGGUGAUUAAACCAACCUUUUUUUCUGGGUUACACUGUGUUAUCUAAAAGCUUUGUCUAACUCUACUCUAGCUUUUAUUUCCUCUUCUCUCCUGUGUCUCUUGUUGCCUUAAGGAACAUUGGAAUGAUGGGUAAUUAGAGUUUUCCUGAAUUCUCAAUACUGUACUAAUACUGUGUCUCCUAAGAACAGCAUGUGUGUGUAUUUGUACUUUUGAGCUCAGAUACUGUCACGCUAAAGAAAAGCCAACUGUACAAAAUGUGUUAAAUGAAAAGCAAGAUUUAAAUAAUUUUUUUGUUUGUUUUUUUGCAUUCCUGUACUUGUAUUUUGUUCCAAAGGUUUUGUUUACUCGUGUGAAUAAUUCUGUGAACAAGUGCCACACAUUUAAAAAUCCUCAUGUUUUGAAGAAGGCCUUAAUAUUUGGAGGAGUGUUUGUAGGUGUUGAGUCGUUGGAUCUCUGAAGACAAGAUUGUGCAGUAUUCCCAUUUAUCAGUUGCAUCCUGUUCCCAUCACUCAGAGCUGAAGUGCUGAUCUGUGGAAAAAAAAAAGCCUCAAAGACUUUUUCACAUCCCACAUCCAUUCUGUUCCCCACCCUCAGUGAUGCUUAAUGCCCUGGCCCCCACUGCUAGGGGUAGUUCAGCUUUCCUCCAGAAGAGGGAGGAGUUGUUCCAUGUAGCUGUGUUGCUUCCCAUCAGUAAAAAGGCAUUCAUGAACUUGUUAAUGGUUUUUAAAGCUCAUAUCACAAUGGAGGUAUUUGCACAGUGCUGUUAAUAAAAGGAUAAGCAGAA